AUGGAUCCCUACGAUCUGGUCAUCUUCGACUUUGAUGGCACCAUCUUUGACACCUACGAGGCCAUCCAACACUCCAUCCAGUUGACCUUCCAGCAGCUGCUGCCCGCCCACCCGGUGCCCCAGCCCCGCGACAUCCGCCCGCUGGUCUCCACGGGCGCGCCCCCCGGCGACACCUUCCGCAGCCUGCACCCGGAUCCCCUUGCCUUCGACGAGGCCGCCUGGGUCACCACCUACCGCGAGCUCUAUGCCAUUCACGGCCAGUCCCGAACCCGACCCUAUCCCGCCGCCCGACAGGUCCUGGAGGCCCUGCACGCCCGGAAGGUCCCCAUCGCCAUCAUCAGCAACAAGUCCGUGGUCGCCGUGAAGGCUGCCUUGGAGAAGACCGACCUCCUGCAAUACUUCCCGGAUUCCCUCAUCCUGGGGCAUGGUUUGGCCGGCGUGCAGCGCAAGCCCGACCCGUCCAGCUUCACCGAGGUGCUGUGGCCCAACCUGCAGACCCUCGGGACGGAGGGCGGAGUGGACGCAGGUCGCGUACUGAUGGUGGGGGACACCUUGACGGAUAUCCACUACGCGAAAAACAUUGGGGCCCAAUCGUGCUGGUGUCGAUGUGCUCCCGGUGGUGGAGGGAAGGGCGUGACGGCAACCCCUCUGGCAGCCUUGUGGCUAGACGAAGGUAUGGAAGCACUCAGACGGUGGCAUUGGCCUUCUACACUCGUCCCCAUGUACAUAACACACUGGCCUGAUAGUCACCUAGCGAUACGGACUCCGGAAGAUGCAUGGUGGAAGUCUCUAUCCGCCUCGACCGCCCCCAUUGGCAAGAAGCUCCGUCAACAAGGAGCCCGACUGGCCAUUCUGUCGGCCCCGUUCGAGGCGGCCCGGCGAGACCAGCUGCUGGAGGCCGGCUACGGCGAGCUCUCCUCCCGCGACGAGAUCCAGACCUACGAAUGUGACAUAACGGCCCCCGAGUCGGUUCAGUCCGUCUUCCGCGCUCUGGAAAAAGAGGUUCUGGCCCCCGAGUCCCCGGCUCGAGCCUUCCCCAGUAUCCUGAUCAACACGGCCGGUUACGUGUCGUUGAGCGACAUGGAGCACACCCCACCCGAGGAGACCGUGAAACAUCUGCACACCAACGUCCUGGGCCCCAUGCUGUGCUCCCAGGCCUUUGCCCGGCUGUACCUGUCCGCGGCCCAGGUGGUCCAAUCGUCCCCCAGCCCACCGCCCCCGGGCCGCAUUGUCAACCUCGCCUCCCAGGCCGCCCACGUCGCCCUCCAUCGGCAUGGGGCCUACUGUGCCUCCAAGGCCGCCCUCCUGGGGCUCACGCGCAGUAUGGCCUCGGAGUGGGGCGGCCGCGGCAUCACCGCGAACAGCGUAUCCCCGACGGUGGCCUGGACAGCCCUGGGACAGAAGGCAUGGGGCGAGGCCACCGUGCGAGAGGCGUUCUUGAAAACCAUCCCAACUGGCAAGUUUGCCCUUCCCGAUGAGGUGGCGGAUGCGGUCCUCUUUCUGUGUCAGGAUUCCAGUGGCAUGAUUAACGGAGCGGACAUUCGAGUGGACGGCGGCUUCACCACCAGGUAG